AAAAGGAUUGCAAAACAGGUUAAGAAAGACAGCUCCUUCAAUUUUGGUACCUGUUGGCUGCGCUUCAUCAUUUGUCGGUCCUUUUUCUUGUGAAUGCUACUAUUGAGGGGAGAGGCUAUUGUUUUAAAUGAAUACAAGAGUUUCUUUUCCAGUUGAUUCUAGAGCUGUGGUUAUGAUUAGUAUUAGAAAAUAGCUGCAAUAAGAGUUCUUUCCAUCUUUAAAAUGCCUUCAUGGUGGGGGAAAUCUUCCUCUAAGGAUGUGAAGAAGAAGACAACAAAGGAGAAUUUCAUUGAUACAUUUCAUCGAUUAAUAAAUCCAAACGAUCAAAAGGGUCAUGUGAAAUCAGGGGGGACUCGAAGACGUAGAAGUGAUAUAAACUCUGAGAAGGGGUCCAAAUCAAGAGCAGAAUCACGGUCAACAUCACCCUCUACACAAGUAUCACGUUGUCAAAGUUUUGCAGAUAGGCCACAUGCCCAACCACUUCCUCUCCCUGGCCUGUGCUCAGGCAUUACACGCACCUCCUCAGAAGUCAGUACGUCAAAGCAAGUGUUGGAAGGUGGCAGACAGCAGCUGCAUUUGCCACUUCCCAGACCUAAUCACAAUACAAAAAGGCCAGAUCUUAGUGAUGUGGAUGGGGAUUUGGCUACUGGUUCACUUUCUAGUAACUGCUCCAUGGACAGUGAUGAUCCAGCAGAUUCUCAACUUCAGAGCCCUGUAGGAAAUGAUUUUGAAAAUGGAAACAGAGCUAUUGCUAACAUCCAGUCCAGCAUGGCGCAUAAAGAUCGGUCUCAUGUGGUCACUCAAAAGAACUUGAGAGAGACGACGAAGCCAACAAAUUUGUUUUCCACUAACCAAAUUUUUUCAACAUCACCCAAGAGAGGUGCACUGAACAGUAAUCAUUCCAGUAUCCAUGUUCGUCCGCAUGGUGCAUUGGGAAGUGCCCCAGAUAGUUCAAUGUCGAGUCCUUCCAGAAGUCCUAUGAGAAUUGUAUGCCCUGAGCAGAUUCCCACCUCAGCUUUUUGGGCGGCGAAACCUCAUACAGAUGUCACUUUUCUUGGAUCUGGCCAGUGCUCCAGUCCAGGCUCUGGUCAGACCUCUGGGCACAAUUCAAUGGGAGGAGAUAUGUUAGGGCAGUUAUUCUGGCAGCACAGCAGGGGUAGCCCAGAGUAUUCUCCAAUACCUAGCCCAAGAAUGACAAGUCCUGGUCCUAGCUCUAGGAUACAGAGUGGAACUGUCUCUCCACUGCAUCCACGUGCUGGGGGGACAGCACCAGGAUCGCCUACAAGCAGGAAUGAUGAGGGGAAGAAGCAAAGCCACCGGCUGCCACUACCCCCAAUAAAUAUUUCCGGUUCUCCUUUUCCUCCAAACAACUCAACAUUAAAUACUCCUCCCUCAAUACCUCGAAGUCCUGGAAGGACAGAGAAUUCCACAAGCCCUGGAUCGCGGUGGAAGAAGGGAAAGUUGAUUGGUCGUGGCACGUUUGGACAUGUCUAUGUUGGUUUUAACAGUGAGAGUGGUGAAAUGUGUGCAAUGAAGGAGGUUACCCUCUUCAUGGAUGAUCCUAAAUCAAAAGAAAGUGCAAAGCAAUUGGGGCAAGAAAUAUCUUUAUUGAGUCGGUUACAUCAUCAGAAUAUAGUGCAGUAUUAUGGAAGUGAGAUGAUAGAUGAUAAGCUGUAUAUAUACUUGGAAUAUGUCUCUGGCGGUUCCAUCCAUAAACUUCUUCAAGAGUAUGGGAAACUUGGUGAACAAGCAAUUCGCAGCUAUACUCAGCAAAUCCUUUCAGGCCUAGCAUAUUUGCAUGCUAAGAAUACUGUCCAUAGAGACAUCAAAGGUGCAAAUAUUCUUGUAGACCCGAAUGGCCGUGUUAAGCUGGCAGAUUUUGGGAUGGCAAAACAUAUUACUGGACAAUCAUGUCCCUUAUCAUUCAAGGGAAGUCCCUACUGGAUGGCACCAGAGGUUAUAAAAAACACAAAUGGCUGCAAUCUUGCUGUGGACAUAUGGAGCCUAGGAUGCACUGUUUUGGAGAUGGCUACAUCUAAACCACCAUGGAGCCAAUAUGAAGGGAUAGCAGCUAUGUUCAAGAUUGGUAACAGCAAGGAGCUUCCAGCAAUCCCCGAUCAUCUCUCAGACGAGGGCAAGGACUUCAUAAGGCUAUGCCUACAACGUCAACCAUCUAACCGUCCUACAGCAGCUGAGCUUUUGCAGCAUCCAUUUGUGAAAAAUGCAGCUCCUCUGGAAAAGUCUGUUGUCAAUUUUGAACCUUUGGAACGACCUGCUGUUGUUUCAAGUGGGGCAAAUUCCAAGGUAAAAUUUCGGGGUGUUGGGCAUCUUAGAAAUCUUUCUUCAUUGGACAUGGAAGGAUUGUCAUUUCAUCAUAUAAGGGUUGCGAAGGCUUCUACGGUAAACAGUGAUAUCCAUAUGGGCAACAUAUCUUGUCCUGUCUCUCCAAUUGGAAGCCCUCUUCUGAAUUCGAGGUCUCCACAACAUAUCAAUGGAAGGAUGUCCCCUUCACCCAUAUCAAGCCCUAGAACCACCUCAGGCUCAUCCACACCUUUGACAGGUUGCAAUGGUGUUCCAUUUAAUCACCCUAAACAGUCAGCUUACCUUCAUGAGGGUUUCAUAGGCAUGUCAAGAUCCCCAAAUGACCUCUAUCCUAUUGGGACUACCUAUCAUGAUUCCAAGCUUGAUCUUUUUAUAGGGAUGCAGCAGGGCUCUCCUGUUCUUCGGGAAAGGAUGGCAUCUGAAGCUGACAUUUUCAGUUCUCAAUUUGGAAGGACAGGACCUGGAAAUCACUGGGACCCAUAUGAGAGGCAGUCUGUACUGGACUAUCAUGUGCCUCAUCAGAUUGUGAAAGAUCACACAAAGCUGAACCCUUGACUUUAAGCCUGAUUUCUAUGCUUGGCAGCACAAAUGCUGUCUGAUUUUGUUGGGAGUUGAUCAACCAGUGCUGGCUUGUUUUGAGCUUAGUGGAUUAUUUUGUUGAUUCUGGCAUGGUUAGUCAUCUUCAUUUUCGUAGGAAACCAAUCUUGUAUGAUAAGUGCCCGAAGUGAACCAUAGGAUAAAUUUUGGGAAGUUGGAGGCUGAAGAAGCGGUCUUGAAGUUCAUGUCGCAUCAAGUUCAUAUUGAUUGAGGAUGGCUUCAAGGGUCAUAUUAAAACCUGCAGUGUGCGUGCAGCGUCAUUUCAACAGCUCAUGGUUGAUGACUGUAUAUUUGAAACCAUCAAACAUUAGAAGCAAGAAAUCUGGAAAUAGUGGAAUUUGUGCUUGUAUACUUUUUUUGGGUCCACGACCAUUGUACAGAAGAUGGGAAACUCCAUUACGUGACCAGAUUUUGCACCACAAAGAUGAUCGACCUUUCGAGAAAUUGUGUUGUCAAUACAUUUCCGACCUCAUCGGAUUUAUAUUGCCAGUUUGGACAUCUAGAUGUUGCUUGAACCUCUGGAGCCAUAUCAUUGCUGUAUGUACACUUGCUAGAAAUUACAAAAGAAAAAAAAAAGGCUGUUAUUCUUUGCUGAUCUUGCAGCAUUUCCUCUGUUGUUUCCAUUCUUGGUUCUCUAUCCUUGCUGAUAUAAUCUGGGUUACGCCAGCAGCAACGAUUUAAUAUUUCUGCAGUUGUUACCUGUCCUCUCUUUAAUUUUUCCAUCAUGUGGCUGUAUAUACAGCAUUCAAAACAUGUACUCAUGGACAUUUGAUUGUAGCAGUGGGAGCUGCGGUGUAUGUCUUUCAUGCCAAGAUAUUUCUGUGGGUGUUUGAUGCUUUA